AACUAAAUAAACAAAUUAAAACGACAGUCUGUUCUUUCUUGUAGUUUGAAAUCUUGCAUCUUGAGGAUGUCAAAGGUUAUUUUCAGGGAUAAACCGGUUGUUAUUUAUUUAUAGAAAUGAAUUGUUUUAAACAUUAUCGGCUUUCCUUGCGUGUGAAUAUUAAGAACCUUUUAUUUUUUUGUUCUUCGAAAGAAUUAUGACCUGAUUUAUCUGAGCAAAAUAAUUUGCACAUUUUACGUUUUUCAUUAUGUUAUUCAGAAUAUUUUGUAAGAACAGAAAAUGCAUAUUGCUGGUUAGCAUUUUUAUAUUGACAUUAAUCUCUUGCUUUUAUUGCGAAAAUAACAUUGAUUUGAAGAACAGUAAAGUAUAUGGGCCAGGUCUAAUUGCAAAUUUUACUGUGCCUGUUCGAUAUUUUUUUAUUCAGCUUGUUACUGAAAGAAAUAAUAGCUUUUCAAUUCUUCCACAAAGUUUAAGUAUCCAGGUAUCUGGACUGGAACAGAAAUGUCGUAUUUGGUAUCAACUUCUACAAGUUAAAGAGGGACUUUUCAUAGCUCGUUACAGAUUAUAUGAAACAUGCCAAAGCGUUAAAAUAGAUAUUGUGUAUGAAAAUCAAUUGGUAGCUGAUUCACCUUAUAUUGUUGAAGGUAUGUUAUAUCAUGAACAGUGUUACUGCCCUCAACCAAUGACCGAAUGGCUGUCUUCUUUAAAUUGCCCUUCCAGUUACUCACAAAUUAAAUAUGAUUUAUCAUCUUUUCCUUCGAUUAAUAUGAAAGAUGUUGUAACAGAUGCAUUUUCAAGGUUUAAUCAUCCUGGUUCAUUUAGUAUUUGUCACUAUUCUGUUAUCUCUAAUCAGAUCUAUCGAAAAUGUUUGGGUCAAUAUGUUGGCUUCAGCAUGUUCAUGGAUGAAAUACUUUUGUCAUUGUCUAGAAAGACAUAUCUUCCAAAUUUUGAGCUUAUUGUUAAUCUUGGUGAUUGGCCUCUAGAACAAAGAGCAGAAAAUCCAAUACCCAUAUUUUCUUGGUGUGGUUCAAAAUACACUAAGGAUAUUGUUAUGCCUACAUAUGAUAUAACAGAGGCUACCCUUGAAAUGAUGGGACGAGUUAUGGUUGACAUAUUGUCAGUUAUGGGAAACUCUGGACCCACUUGGGAAGAAAAACUCAAAGUUGCUUUUUGGAGAGGACGUGAUAGCAGGCAGGAAAGACUUGACCUUAUUAAAUUAUCUAGACAAUAUCCAGAUCUUAUAAAUGCAUCUCUUACUAAUUUUUUCUUCUUUCGGCAAGAAGAAGCAGAAUAUGGACCCAAAACUGAAUACAUACCAUUUUUUGAUUUCUUUAAGUAUCGAUACCAGAUCAACAUAGACGGGACUGUAGCUGCUUAUCGAUUUCCAUAUCUUUUAGCCGGACGUAGCUUAGCUCUGAAACAGGAUUCUGAAUUUUAUGAACAUUUUUAUAAUGACUUAGUACCUAUGUUUCAUUACAUACCGUUUCAAAGAAAUCUUUCAGACUUAGUUUUAAAAAUCAACUGGGCACUGUCUCAUGAUUCUGAAGCCAAAGCAAUCGCUGAAAAUGCCCAAGAGUUUGUUCUCAAUAAUCUCAUGCCAAAAGACAUCUUAUGCUAUUAUACAGUUUUGUUUAAUGAGUAUUCCAAAAAAUUAAACGUCAAAAGUGAAGUUCAUGAAGGUAUGGAAAAAGUUACACAGCCGCCUCAGAAAGAUUGCAUUUGUUCCAAUAAUGAUCCUGUUAAGCAAGCUAAGUCAGAAUUAUGAAAGUUUUGAGUUUGAUAUGAAGGAAAAGCUUUUACUUGGGUUACAUUUGACUAGAUGAAUGUUUUAUGAAAGCUCCUUUAAAU